CGGUGGUUGUCAUUCCGUGAGGGGAAAAAUAGGGAAUAAUUGAGCCAAAAUACUUAGGGCGAUGGAAAGUGGAGUGGAUUCGGGCGGAAAGCGCCAGUGCGUAUAGUGAGAAUAUUUUUGGACAUCUGCCUUUUGACAGAUGCUGUGGAGACUGGACGCCUCACUGCGGAGGAGAUGGACGAACGCAGACGACAGAACAUUGCCUAUGAGUACCUCUGUCACUUGGAGGAGGCAAAACGAUGGAUGGAGGCCUGCCUAGGUGAGGAAAUUCCACCAACUACCGACUUGGAAGAAAGCCUGAGGAAUGGAGUGAUUCUGGCUAAACUGGGCCAUCGCUUUGCACCAGAGGUUGUCCCAAAGAGAAAAAUCUACGACCCAGAGCAGCUGAGGUACAAGGCAAUGGGGCUGAAUUUCAGACAUACUGACAAUAUCAACUGUUGGCUGAAUGCAUUGGCUAAGAUUGCCCUACCAUCGAUAUUUUACCCAGAAACCACAGAUAUCUAUGACAAGAAGAACAUUCCCCGUGUCAUUUAUUGCAUUCAUGCUUUCAGCCUCUACUUGUUCAAACUGGGCCUAGCUCCGCAGAUACAGGACCUGUAUGGCAAAGUGAAUUUUACAGAAGAGGAGAUCAAUAACGUGAAAACCGAGCUGGAGAAGUAUGGGAUACAGAUGCCUUCAUUCAGUAAGAUUGGUGGCAUUCUGGCCAAUGAGCUGUCAAUUGAUGAAGCAGCAGUGCACGCUGCUGUGAUCGCCAUUAAUGACGCUAUUGACCGAGGGCUGGCAGCACAGACCAUGAUGGCGCUCCACAAUCCAAAUGCCAUGCUGGUGAACCUUGUUGAUGGCUUAGCCCUGGUUUACCAGGAAAUGCUGCACCAAGCCAAGAGUGAGAAGGCUGCCAGUGCCAGGAACCGAGCAAAUGUGUGCAAAUCAGAGCCCUCCGAGGACAAGGAUGUGUAUGAGGAACUCUUGACACAAGCUGAGAUUCAAGGCAAUGUUAAUAAAGUCAAUGUGCACGCAGCUCUGGAGUAUGUUGAUGCGGCACUGGAGAAGAGAGAUGUGCAGGCUCUAUACUCCGCGCUACAGAGCGAGGCUUUGGCCCUUCACGAAGUUAACCGGGAGAACACAGAGUGGUAUAUGGAACAGCUCAUGAUUGACCGAGAACAGAAAGCACUGGAGCUGGGGAUGAUGGAGCCACUAGAGAGGGAGGAGCUCCAGGCGGCUGUUGAUGCAGCUAACGAAAACUCCAACAUACAUCUAUGCAUGAUGCAGGCUGUGUCACGGAUUAACGUAGCCGUGCGUAAGGGGGUCCCUGAUGAGACGCUGAAGGAACUGAUGAACUCGAACGCCAAGCUCCCAGAUGUCUACCUCUUUGCUGCUGGACUUUACCAGAGGGAGCUAACCGUCCUGCAGCAGCAGAAACCACAGGGCGAGUUGACCCAAGAGGAGCUGUACAUUGCUGUGGAGAUGCUCUCAGCCGUGGCACUGAUCAAUCGUGCCCUGGAAGCUGGUGAUUUCGGUGCAUUCUGGAAGCACCUGAUCAGUGCGGCCACAGGCCUGAAUGAAAUACAGGAUUGUUGUGCCCAACGGUACUUUGCUGAGCUGAUGAUGCUCAAGCAACAAGCCCAAAGAACUGGGGUGGCGAUGCUGUCCUGGAACGACCUGCAAAUGUGUUUGCAUGAUGUGAACUUCGCUGUUGAAAAGGAGAAUGACAGAAUUGUUGCCAUUGGUUUGAUAAAUGAAGCUCUGGACCGGAACGAUCCUGAGAGGACAAUAGCAGCGCUCCUAAUGCCAUCAGCUGGCCUAGCUGACUUGGACUUCCUGGCUGCCAAACGCUACCAUGAUGUACUGGCAGCGGCAAAGUGGCAAAAGGCGAAGGACACGCGGGAUGAGGCAGUGGUGCUCUGGGUUGAGGAAAUUCAGGAUGGGAUUCACAAGGCCAACCAGGAUGGGCAGGCUGCAAGGAAAAUGUCUUUGGGGAUAGCAGCCAUUAAUCAGGCAAUCAAGGAGGGUGUUGCAUCCCAAACACUGCGGGUUCUGCGCUCACCAAGUGUGGCUCUGUGCAGCGUCGUUCCAGAAUGUGCCUCCACCUACCAAUCUGAGUUGGCCACGUUGAUGCGAAUUAAAAUGGAAAUGGGAGACAACCGGAGCUGUUGGGUGAAGCACAAGCUGAAGGAUGGUUCGAUGUACUACUUCAACCUGGAGACCCUCGAGGGCAGCUGGGAGAGACCCAGGGGAUUUGUGCAGAGCUCCACACAGAUCAGCAGGGAAGAAAUCCAGGCUACUGUAACUGGCGUGACAGCCGUUUAUAAUCGAGAGAGACUCUGGAAGGCUAAUGAGGGCAUGAUCACGAGGCUUCAGGCCCACAUGAGAGGUUAUCUCAUUCGGAAGGAUCACUGCGCUCGCAAACACUUCCUUCAAAAACAGCUGCCAGCCAUCGUAAAGAUCCAGUCGCACUGGAGAGGUUACAGACAGCGGAGAGAUUACCAGAAGAGGCUUUAUCGCUUUCAAGACAACGCAGAUGCUGUGAUUAAGAUUCAGUCCUGGGUGAGGAUGUGGCAGGCAAAGAGGAGAUAUAGGGCAAGGCUGCAGCAUUUCAAGAACAAUAUUGCUUCGGUGGUGAAGAUCCAGGCAUUUGUCAGAGCCAACAAGGCCAGAGGAGACUACAGGCUCUUGGUCCAUGCCCAGAACCCUCCGCUGAGCGUGGUUCGGAAGUUUGCUCAUCUCCUGGAGCACAGCGACCAUGACUUCCGUGAAGAGUGGGAACUGAUGCAACUGCGCGAGGAAGUGGUGCAGCACAUCCGUUCCAACCAACGCCUGGAGCAGGACCUCAACGUCAUGGACAUUAAGAUAGGGCUGCUGGUGAAGAACAGAAUAACCCUGCAGGAAGUGGUUUCCCACUGCAAGAAACUCACCAAGAAGAACAAGGGCCAGCUGGCAGACUUGAUGGUGAUCGACAAACAGAAGGGACUGAAGGCUCUCAGCAGAGAGAAGCGGGAGAAACUUGAGGCAUAUCAGCAUCUCUUCUAUCUCCUGCAGACAAAGCCAGUAUAUUUGGCCAAGCUGAUUUUCCAGAUGCCCCAGAACAGAUCGACCAAGUUUAUGGAUUCUGUCAUAUUCUCGCUCUACAACUAUGCAGCUAACCAGAGAGAGGACUACCUGCUGCUACGUCUGUUCACCACUGCUCUUCGAGAGGAAAUUAAAUCAAAGGUUGACCAGGUCCGUGAGAUUGUCACAGGCAACCCCACCGUGACCAAGUUGGUGGUGAGUUUCUACCGGAAUGUCCGUGGUCAGAACGCCUUGCGGGAGAUCUUGGGGCCUGUCAUCAAGGAGAUUCUGCAGGAUAAAUCCCUGAGCAUCAAGACUGACCCAGUUGAUAUUUACAAGAGCUGGGUGAACCAGAUGGAGACUGAAACCGGGCAGAGAAGCAAAUUGCCAUAUGAGGUGACUCCAGAGCAAGCCCUGAUGCACCAUGAGGUCCAGCGGAGGCUGGACAUAUCCAUUCACAAUCUCCGGGCUGCCACAGACAAAUUCCUUACUGCCAUUGUCUCCGGCGUGGACAAAAUACCGUACGGAAUGCGAUAUACUGCCAAAGUGUUGAAAAACUCACUGUAUGAGAAGUUUCCAGGGGUUACUGAAGAUGAAUUGUUAAAGAUUGUCGGGAACCUGCUUUACUAUCGCUACAUGAAUCCUGCAAUUGUGGCCCCGGACGGCUUUAAUAUCAUUGAUGUCGGUGCAGGAGGUGGGCUACACACGGACCACCGCCGCAACCUGGGCUCCAUUGCAAAACUACUGCAGCAUGCUGCCUCCAGCAAAACCUUCGAAAGAGAGACUGGUCAGCUCCGCUCCAUGAAUGACUACUUGUACCACUCCCAGCAGCGAUUCAGGGAGUUUUUCCGUGCAGCCUGUGACGUUCUUGAACCUGAGGAAUGGUUUAAUGUGAAUGAGUAUUCUGAAAUGGUCAGCCUUAACAAGCCAGUCAUCUACAUAACAGUCGGCGAGCUGAUUAACACUCACAAGUUGCUGCUCCAGCAUCAGGAUUCCCUCUUGGCCGAACGCAGUGACCCUCUUCAUGAGCUGUUAAAGGACCUUGGCGAUGUACCCACAGUCGAAUCACUUCUAGGUGAAAGUUCUGUCGAUGUGAACAACCCCCAUGCUGACCAAAUCAUGGCCCAGCUCAACAAGAUGGAGGUCUCGCUAACACUCACCAACAAAUUUGACAUCUAUAAGAGCAGUGGUGAUGGGGCAGACAACACCAGAGGUUUGCUGCUCAGCACCAAACAGUUAAUCGUGGACAUAAUCAGAUCGCAAGCUGGAGAUACAUUGGUUGAAAUAUUACAGACUUCUGCCUCAACAGAUCAGGUGGCAGACCACCACUGCCUGGUUCAGAGACGAGCGCUGCGAGACGCACGCACUCCCGAGAAGCUGAAGCGAAACCAGUCCCUGGCCCACGACGGCAAGCUGUCAAUUGAAGAGAAGAAGAGGAAAAUUGUCCGGAGCCUGAGGAUGCUGGAAGCUGCUGGAGCCAUUUCUGCAGCCAAUGGCUACCAGCAGCUUGUCAAUCAGAUUGCCAGGGACAUCCAAAAUCAGCGGCGCUACAGGCAGCAGCGCAAGGCUGAGCUGGCCAAGCUGAGAGAGACCCUGCACAGAAUGAAUUCCAAGACUGCCUUUUACGAGGAGCAGAUCGACUACUACAACCGGUACAUCAAAACCUGCUUGGGUAACCUGGCCACCAACGGGCAGGGCCUGGGGAAGAAAGCUUCAGCAAGCAAAGGAAAGAAAGGUAAAGCGCCAUCCCUGAACUAUACUGCAGCACACCUGCGAGAGAAGGGCGUGCUGUUGGAGAUCGAAGACCUGCCCAUCAGCCAAUUCAGGAAUGUGAUUUUUGACAUUGUGCAGAGUGAGGAGGUGGGAACCUUUGAUGUAAAGGCUCGGUUCAUGGGUGUGGACAUGGAAAAGUUCCAACUCAAAUACCAGGACCUCCUCCAGCUGCAAUACGAAGGAGUGGCAGUGAUGAAGAUGUUCGACAAAGCCAAGGUUAACGUCAACCUCCUGAUCUUUCUGCUCAACAAGAAGUUCUUCAAGAAGUGAUGGAAUACAGGCCCGUCUCUGUCAGUGUGGGAGCACUCCUGUAUCGCAAAAUUUAAGCUUUGCGUUUCUGCUGUGCAGACGCAAUCAGCAAUCGACACUAAAUAGCAGCGCAGCAUAGUACCUACAAAAGUGUUCCUGUACAUUUAUUUUUAUAUAUAUAUUAUAUAUAUAAUACACACUUCAGAUCAAAUUGAGACUCCAUUACUGAUGGGAAUCUAGCUUCUCAUUGGCACAACUCCUCCUGGAAUUGGACUCCUUUGUGGAAGGUUCACUGUAGGAUCUGGUGGCUCAGAGCCCCCCCCCCACCUGCAGGCGCUGAGAACAGAAGCAGAAACAUCUCCGCUUUCACUUUUUCAUCUCCCAUUGCUUGCACUGGCCCUGGUGGAAGGGUAUUUCCCCCCCACCCAGCAUGUCCAGAGUGCUGGUGAUGGUGGAAUGCUUUGCACCACAUUCUUUCGCUCUGUCUCUCUCUCUCUCUGUCGCUCUCUCUUUAAACCCCCACCCCCCUCCACCGACCUCUUACUUCUCCGCUCCUGUCUGCCUCUCUUUCUUUCUUUGACUUUCUCUUCUGCCGUCCCCACCAACACGGACAUGUCCUCAUCCUUCUCCUCAGGCCAGGCCAUUUGACGUAUAUCGCUGCUUCUCCUGGGUUUUAUCUAGCCCCUGGAGUUUGGGGGUGAAUCUAAAACAUGGAACAAGGCAGUCCCACAAAAUGUGGUGGGUCCAGCCUAAGCAGCUGUUUUAUUUGUACCUGUCUCUCCCAUAUUUCCUCCACAAAAAAAAGCUGUUCUUUGUGAGCAAAUCUCAUACAGAGCCUCCAUUUGCAGCAGUUGGCAGCCUCUGGUCUGCAGCAGGGAAUGGGACUUUAGUUAUCAGCUCAAGCCUCUGUAGUGCUGGCCCUGUGACUGGACUGUGGGAAUCCCACCUGAAACACUUCAACUUCCUUUCUCUGCAGCAGAUAACCAGAUCUCUAGCCCCGAGCGUGACUCUGCAGGGAAGCUGGCUAACUUUUAAAUGAGGAUUUUACUUGCUAAAAGUACACUGAUUUUUUUUGUUCGCUCUUUCUUCAUUCUCAUUCUUAAUCUCUCCCACUCUUCUGUCUUGCUUUUUCUUUUGCUUUCCUUUCUCUCUGUUCCCUCUCUCAUCUUUCCCUCUGUCUAUCACUCCUACCCCCUCUCUCAACCCCUCUUUCUGUCAUCCAUUUCUCUUUAUCCUUCUCUCUUUGUCUUUCCUCUUGCUGUCUCUCUUCCCUUUCUCUAUCCCCUUCUCUUUUAUCUAUCUCCCUUCUACUUCUUCCUUUUCUCUCUCUCUCUGUCUCCUUCUGUCUUGCAUUUCUCUCCUUUUUAAACAUUUUCUCUCAACUCUUUCCCCACAGCUCUCUCUCUGUUUAGCUAAUCCCUCUCUAAAGGACUUUGUACCAAAACUCCUCUAAGUCAAAGGUUGAGCAAAUUGAGUCUUCACCCUGCUGCUCGUUUGUUGGUGGGGAGGAGGAGGAGGAAGGUGAUACAAUGAUGCAAGUUAGAAAAGGAGCCUGGUACUGCCGGCUUGGUGGUGCUGGUGGGGGUGCUGCGUGUAGUGGAAGAGGAAUGCAGGAGAAAGAGGAACUCAGUACCAUGGUGGGGGAGGGGGUUUGGGUGUGAGGGUUAGAUAGCGAGAGAGAAGGGGGUCUAAUGCCACCUUAAGAGGGGUACCUAUCGCCAACCAUGGAGGAUGGGUUUGAUAGUCAAUGUUGCCAAUGUCAGAGUGAAACUAAACCAAAGUCUAAACCAAUAUUGAAUUUGAUGUCCGAGAGCAGAAGUUAACUUGUAGGUAGUAAAGUGAAAUUUAAAGUAGAUUAAAACACUUUUUAAAUGAAUGGCUCAGUUCUUGAGCACUGAACUUACAAUGGAGGGCCUUUCUUUAAUGAGUUCCAUUCUGCCGAAUGCUCGCUGUCCACCUGAGUCUGAGUCUGAAGCAAUAUGGGGCUGUUCUCCAAUGGACGCUGCCUGCCCUUAACUUGCCAUUCUUGCUUUUGUUUGCUGUCAGUGCAGGGCUGCAGUCAGUUAGCCAGGGAUUUCAAUCAUUACCCAACAGAAGGUAUCUCCAGUGAACGGACAGUGCCUACUGCUGGGCACUGUCCACUGCCAGUACUGCCCCUUGCAGACAGUCAAACUGCUGUUCAUCAUGCAGGCAGCAACUCGGAGACAAGUGAUUCUUUUUUAAGAAAUUUUAAACGGUACAAAAAUCAAAAUGGUUGAGUGCGAUUGAAUUCUCUGUCGUCUCAAUUCUCGCUGGAAGCCCAUCCCUAUUGUACAUAUUUACAAUCUCCUUUCCCUAUAUAUUUCCUUUGUUUUCAUAUCUGUCUUGUCUGUGCGCUGUGUUCCAAUCUCUACAGACUGGCUGUGCAAGGCCACAGAGUGUACAUGGAUCACAAGCGUAGCUAGGUGCUCAGUGCCUUGCAAAGAGUGGAGGCUCCCAAAGCAGGGCUGGCAGUCUGGUCUUGAGUGCUGGGUUGUGUUGGGGCUGUGUACCUGCAGGUGGGUGUGGGACAAGGGGAGUGCUGAAAGAGUUCUCAGGUGGUCAGUGAAUGUCUCAGCUGUGGUGCAACCCAGACCCCACUGGCAGAUGGAAAUCUAACUAUCACUGCUGUGAAGGUUCACAUUGAGACUCUUAACUGGCACGUAAUGGAGACUGCCCGUACAUUCACACCUGUUUCAAAUCUUCAGUCUCUCACCCAGGAACCAAGAGGGACAGCAGGUGUGAGAAACAAAAUUCUGUCUCCAUGGUAGUCCUAUUGAAUUUAGGAAAGAAUGCCGGGUUAUCUAAUGCAGUGCUGUAUCUGUCAUGGGAGUGUUUGAUGGGGACAAUGUGGAGGGAUCUUUGCUGUGUUUCUGACCCUGUGCUGUUCCUAUUCUGAAAGUGUUUGAUGGGGUUAGUGUAGAGGGAGCUUCACCUUCAGUUUAAAAUAAUAGAGCGCUUUAUUGUGAGCCUAACCCCGUGUGGACUGUGCCCUUGGCUUUGAUGGGGACAGCACAGAGUGAGCUUUACUUUUAAGCUUAAAAGAGUAGAGUUGCCCUCGCUUUCAGUUUAAAAGAGUUGAAGAAGCCUUGCUUUCUGUUUAAAAGUUAAGUGAGCACCAAACUCGAUGCCACACUUAUCCUUGGACUGUUAAGUGUUGGUUUUGUAUACUGAGGAGAGAAGAACGAUUUUCUCUGGUCUGUGUGAAAAUGGAGUAUGGGGUUUGCAAGAUAUGUUGCUGCUUUCUAAAGGAGGGAAUGUGAAAUGUGGUCUGGCUGUCUGCUGUAAUCUAGUGAUACCCUGCCUCACCAGACCGGGGUACGUGGAAGCAAAGCUCGGGGAUGAACUCUGUGUAGCAGGGGUGGAGAUGACUAACUGCAGUGGGUACGGGUGAGAGACAACAGAUUGUAUAAUAUUCUGCAAUCUCUGGUUUUGAUUUGGGGAUGAUAUAAGAAAAUGUGUGUCUUUGGAAAUUGUCGAGGCCUUCAGGUCGAAAGAUCAGUUGCCAUGGUAGUUCUAACACGUUGCACUGCAGUCCCAAUGGCCAAAGGCCUCCCUCUCCCUUCAGUUGUUGUUUUUCAUCUGAUUAAUCCAUGUGAGAGAGGAGGAGUAGGACUUUAAAAAAAAUAUUGCCUAACACUCCUCAGAAAUAUAAUUUUAAAAAAACCAGAAAUGACACUUGUGUAGCACCUUGGUUAGACCAUACGCAGUGCUGGCUGGUGCGGUUUCCACCGUUCUACAGAAUGGUUAUUGAGAGGCUGCAAAAGUGCUGAAAAUGAUGAGGAAAGACAGGCCACAGCUCUUUUGUCUCAAAGAGAAGGUGUGACCAAUUUGAGGUGUUUAGACUUAAGGAAGGGGUUUGAUAGGGUAGAUGCAGAGAUGAUGUUCUUCCUUUUCAGAAGGGGGUGUCCCAAAACGAGGGGAUGUCUGUAUGAAACAGACACUGGUAAAUACAAUCAGGAGAAACUUCUUCGCCCCCAGGAGAGCAGGCAGAACAUGGAACCUGCUCCCAUCGGGGCGAUCUUAGAGGUAGCACUGGGUGUUUGUACAGGUACUGACGGGAUCGGCAGCAAACCCAGUGGAAUUGGGGGCGGUGCUGGGGUAGUGGUCACAAUACUGUACUAGUAAUCUGAGAGGCCCAGGCUAAUGCACCGGGGAUGUGGUUACAUCUUCCACCACCGCAAUCUAAUCACAAUGAAACUCGUCUCUCUGGUGGUGAUCAGGAAGCUACCAUUGACUGUCAUUUGGUUCCCGAACAUACUCUAGGAAAGGAGAUCUGUCGUCUUGACCUGGCCUGGGCCCACCAGUGAGUCCAGUCCCUCAGAGACUCUUAGCCACCCUCUGAAAUGGCCUGAGUGAGACACCCAGUUCAAUGGGCA